AUGACAAACGCCGUGUGUGAAUCGCAAAACAAAUCCUGGGUCACCAUACAACGUUGUCGCCUGCGUGCCAUAAGUCGAAAUGUAACCACGCUGAACGUUGAGCUCGAGCUACUGCAUCCGGCGCAUAAUGUUGACUUAAGACUAGAGCUACAGCGUAGAGACUCGACUGGCUACAAGCCCUGGAUCUUCAACUACACCAUAGAUGCCUGCGUUUUCAUUAGACAACAGCGACACGCUGUGUUCAAAAUGUUUUGGCAAAUCGUUAGAAACUUCUCCACCAUCAAUCACAAUUGCCCGUAUACGCUGCUUCAUCUGAUGAUCUGCUGCUCCAGUUUGCGUAUACGCAAAUACGCAUUUUAUGCGCAUUUUGAUUUCAACGGCGACAAACUGGCGACAGUCUAA